CUUAGGCAUUUGCACGGGUUCAAGGGCACCAACAUGUCAAGAGACAUCUCAAUCUUUUAUUAGUGCUAUGGGGAAAACAAGCUGUCUUCCGGUUUUUUGGUCCUGCAUGUCGUUCGUUUUGCCUUGGUUCCAUGGCUCCCACUAAAUAAGCUUCAGGCUGGCGUUCAAGUGGCCCGGCACCUCUUCACCUUGAGCCAUGCCCUCGAGCACCUCGGAAGCAUGCGAGUCGUCCGCGCGUCACCUUGUAAUCCUCACUCGUCUCGGAGAUUCAACAUUGCGGUCUAAUCCUUCCCGUAGGAUCAUGGCCUACUCGACGAAAGUUGUCGGGCCUUUAUCGAGUCCGCGCGGUAGGGAAGACAAUGUCCUGAUCAUUCCCAAACCUCCUCCUCCAAGGCCAUCGCUCCCUGGCCGCCGUGUCAAGCAGGUUGCGCCUUUUUCUCAUCCGGAAAUCACUCGCCGGCGGCCCUUACGAUCCACUACCGUCUUGACAGAGUAUACCACUAUUACCACCACCCCCGUCGUUGUUGUCUUGGUCGAAGGUCCUUUCACCACUGGCUAUGCUCAAGACACGGCCACCACACAAAAAGCAAACCUUUUGUUUUCUACCAAGCGAGGAACACUGUUAACAAGGACAAGGAUCGCUGGAGUGGCAGAGCCCACUCGGACAAUCUUUGUGGCCAUGGAUGCCGCCCUGUAUGCCCCUCCGCCGGAACCGACAGCGUCUGCGGCCGUCGACCUCCCUCAGGAUCCAGGAAAUGGAGCGAUGCUCGCAGGGGAGUGUGCGUCGGCGCAGUAUACACUCAUCGAUGAUGGUGGGCCGACCUUGAUAUAUGCGCCCUUUGUGGGCUGUAUCAACAAUAAACCAGAUUGUUGUCCCUAUACACCCGCAACCAUGGCUCAAAAGUUCAAGGCCGUUGUCACAGCCAGUUCCGAUGUGUUUCCCACUCCGCAAAAUCAGCAAGAUUCCACAAUGAAAAGUUGUGCUGCCGAUUACUACUCCGUCUCUGGAAGUUGCUGCCCAAGCGGCUACGUACUUUGGACCUCCGUCAUGGGUGGCCAAACACCAUGUAUAAGGGCUCUCACAGUAACCACCGAGGUGCAGACCAUCACCAACACGCCGGCCGCGACAACAACGAAACCGACCAUGGCCGUCACGGGCGUUGUCUUUGCCAUGGCCUAUCCACUGGAGGAAACCUCGGGAGGACUCCCGAGUGGAACAAUCGCAGGCAUAGUCGUGGGCAUCAUCAUGGGAGUAUUCUUCCUAGCGGCGGUGAUAUUCUUCAGUUGCCGCUACCGGCGCAGCAAACAACUGAAGAACUUCAAGAAGGAACUCCAUCAAAACUUCUAUGGCGAUAACGGGACUGGAACAUCGGAAGUUCCGACGCUCGUUAACAAUACGAACGCCAACAGUACACGGGGAAGCACUACUACCACGAUGGCGCAUCAUCGGCCACAAAGCUCCCUUUGCGGCACCCAUUACCUCCACCGCAAGACCAUCAAGCGCGACUCGGUCGCCAGCCUCGGGCACAAAGAGGAGCGAGACUUGUCCCAGGUCGAUAACCCCGACGAACGAUACACACCCGACUCGGCCUACCCCCAAAGACCGCCAGCCAAGGAAGCGAUGGUAAGGCGGGAAUCAUCAGUACACAGUCUGGAUUCGCAGCUAUCUCUCCAUGACGAGAACUGUUACGACAACAUCUUGCCCUCCCCGGGCACGCCAGGGACUUUGGCAGAUGGGAAUAACAAUCACAAUAUCCGUAACAGCAGCAAUAAUCCAACCAACGAUUGGGCUGUCUCUGGGUCGGAAUUGCACCUGGCAAAACCGCAGAGGCUGUCGAGGGGAUACCCGAAGAUAGUGUACACUCAUUCCCAUGGACAUGGGAGCAAUACAAGUGUGCCGACUACGGUGAAUGGUGGCGAGGGUGGGGGAACGGGGAGGCCGUCCACCUCUACUUCAGGGAGUGCGAGCGGGUCGGGAAGUAUUUGCAGUAAGCCGUCGACAAGGUUGGAAGUUAUGCCGGGAACGCCGGAGGAGGAUAAUAAGACCAAUGGGAACAGGGAGAGGCAGAAGGUUGAGGUUUGA